UAAAUUUAUAUUAUUUAUUGUUGUUUUACUGCAUUUGUUGUUGUUGUUGUUGCUGUUGUAAUAUAGUAAUAUAUAUAAGUAAUAUAGUGCAUGUAAAUGAUAAAAUGUUGUUAUUGCAAAGCCUAAUUGUUGUUGCUGCCUUAAGUGCUGCUAGCGCAAUAAAUUGUUACGUUUGCGACGCUUCUGACACAACAAACCCUUUUCAGUGCGGUGAGUGGUUCGAGCGCUUCGAUGAACCCGAUUUGCAACCGAGCAACUGUUCGAAUGUGCACGACGCCAAGUUUUGUAUUAAACAUGUUGGACGUUUCGAAGGUGGAAUCGGUGCUAAACGCUUCUGUUCUUCGAAAGAUUUGGGCAAUUACUGCGAUUACGUACGCAACAAAGGUGAUCGCAUGGACUACAGAUCGUGUAUCUACACAUGCAGCUCCGACGGUUGCAACAGCGCAACAGACUUAAAGGCUAAUUUGUUGCAACUGGUCGCGGCUACUGCAGCGGCAUUGAUCGCUAUUAAAAUUUCGAGGUUAUAGACGUCUGUGUGUUAACGUCUUUGUGUUAGUUUAUUUUGAAAGUUAGAAGUCGAGAGUUAUAGAUAUAUACAAUUUUAUAUAGA